AUGGAGGCAAUCGUCCGACGUCUCUCUAGUGAGAUAAACCUGGAAAAAACUGAUGUGAGCAAAGGCGGCUCAAAAGCAAUAUCCAAGGGUUUAUCUUAUUACUCAUGUGGCCGUACUAGCCAUGGAACGGACAGCUCUGCUAGUGUGUUGAGAAGCCUCAUACAUUCGCUACUUCAACAACAGCCAAAGUUGAUCUCCCACUUGGACAAUGCUCUAAGCCGGACGGAAAGAAACCGGUUUGACAGCCCUAAAGACUUCUUUGCGUUAUCAGCAAUAUUCUUUAAUAUGCUGGAUGACCAAGCUUUUGUUCGAUCAUAUAUAGUGAUAGAUGGCAUCAACCAAUGUUCAUCUAGCCAUGGAGGAGACAGUGGCGAAGAUCUUGGCGAUUUGAUGCGGUUAAUCGAGGCGACAGCAGAUGUUCCGCAUAAAAUCAAGUGGCUUUUGUCCGCAGAUAUGGAUGCUCAUGCCGAAUUUGAGUUGAUACGAGAAGGACAUUAUCAAUGCAUCAAUCUUGGGGGGGCUACCUGGACACCUGGGCUCGCGGGAAUCUUUCGCCGAAACCUCGUUUCCAUAGUUGGCCAGCUGGCCAAACAAAGAAGAUAUCCAGAGCAGAUCAAAGAAGAGGUUUUAAGACUUAUCGGCAUAAGAUCACGAGGCAAUGCUCUAUGGAUAUUUGUUGCUUGCUCCCUUCUUCGAAAAGAAGAGAGCUGGUACGCGGUUGAAGCCCUCAAAGAGAUGCCUGAGAGACUGGAUGAGUUGUACGAGUACGCGAGAGCCAAUUUGAGAAAGCUUCCUCGUCAAGAUCCCAUAUUCUGUGAAUCAGUGCUUUCGACCGUGGCCAUUGUGCAUCGCCCCCUUCUGGUGUCGGAAUUGGUACUACUUGCAGAUCUACCGCCAGAAGUUGAUCCAUUGGCAAUAAUCGAAAAGUGCUCACUCCUAGAAGUACACUCAGGCAUUGUCAAGUUCGUUGACCCAACAGCCCGACAUAACACAUGGGAAGAACUACAUCAGAACUUGGCCAGAUUUUCAGAGGCGCAUUCUAUCAUCACGCGGAGAGCCCUAAGAUUUCUAUCAGCACACUUCGAAACGGCCACUUUGAGUGUAACCGGAAUCAACUCUGGUCAGGACCAGAACAAAGAGGAGAGCUUAGUCAACGCAUAUGGGACUACUCAUUGGAUAAUGCAUCUUCUCGAUGUAAAAGACAUUGCCAAAGAUAUAGAGACAACAAGCCUGGUGGUUUCCUUCAUACAGAAUCAUUUCUUGCUCUGGUUAGACGGAAUCAUCUCCAAUGGUCUUCAAGCCGAUACCCUCAUGUUCAUGAAGAAACUUGAGAGUGUUCUACUUGUGAGUAACCCAAAGAGCACAAGUACAGUCAAGUCGCCAAAAUGUUGCGUCCAGGCCAUCCGUUCCCAUAUGUCUAGCGACAGCAUUUUCAGCACAAAUCCCAACAGUGUCAUAUUUUACCCAGAAGAGAGCGCUUUAAGACAAGACUGGGUGGCCAAGAACAAAUCUUGGCUAAUUAUGCCGCCAAAAAUGGCACAAAGCUGGGGCGAUAGCUCCCUCACUUUAGCCGGGCAGAGUCGUAUUCGAAGCAUCGCAUUCUCUCCAGAUGGGAAGCUUUUAGUAUCAGGAUCUGAUAGCGAGGCUAUACGCGUGUGGGAUGCUGAAACGGGAGAGGCACAGAUAACUCUCAACCGCUCUGGAGAUUCCGGAUAUUACGUUACCUUUUCUUCCAAUGGCGAACUAGUCUGUGUUUCUGAUAAAGGUAUCAUUUAUUUAUAUCAACUAAGGACGGGACGCGGUUUCAAGACCUUGACCGUCUAUGGACGUAAGGGAACGUGGAUAGCCUCUGGAGGCAAAGGGGGAGACAUCAAGAUCUGGGAUGCGCGACAUGACAAUGCAAUACAGAGAACACUACAAGGCCAUGAAGGAGAUGUCAAAUCCGUUGCAUUUUCGAGGGACGAAAAACGCCUUGUCUCAGGCUCUGACGAUUUGACAAUCAAGGUCUGGGAGAGUGAGUCAGGAGCCCAGAGACAUGUGAUGAUAGGACAUGAAAAACCUGUGACUGCAGUUGCCUUCUCGUCGCAAGGGCGCCUUGCAUCAGGAUCUGACGACAUGACUCUCCGGCUCUGGAGUCCAGAAGGCAGCGUGAGCAAUGACAGGAGUACCCUAAGUGAGCUCGGCAACGAAAAGCCCAUCAACUUUAUAGCCAUGUCUCCCGACGGUAAAUAUCUGGCAUCAAGUUCUAGGGACAACAUUCACCUCUGGGAUGGAACGACUGGUAUACCGAUGAUGACCCACGAGCUUAUACAGGAGAAAUUAAUCUCUAUAUCGUUCUCCCCUGACGGGAAACGUUUAGUCUCGUCUUCGCGAGAUGGAACCGUGGGGGUUUGGGAUGUAGCCACUGGAACAAAAUGUCGCACAUUUAAAGCUCACACCCAUUGGGUUAGAUUUGCCACCAUCUCCCCUGAUGGAACCUCUAUUGCCUCAGCAUCCAAUGACCAUAAUUUGAUGGUCUGGAACUGCCAAGAAGUUGGAGAGGAGGAAGAUGCAGAGAUUCUUCCGGGUCACAGCGGCAAGGUCAUUACGGUCGCUUUCUCUCCAGAUGGAAGGCUUCUUGCCUCAGGGGGGCUGGAUUCAAAAAUAAUAAUAUGGGAUCGCAAAUCUCUAGAAAAAAAGGGCGAAAUGACUGAUCACUCAGAUGGCGUCCUAAAUAUCAUUUUCUCGCAGGACUCUUCCCGAAUUGUGUCGCGGUCAAAAGACUUCACCUUCUGUGUCUGGGAUUCAAACACUGGGGCUCUCAUCCAAGGUCCCAUGAAAGCUUUCAACCCAAAUCGUUACAUCGGAUUCGAUCUUCGGAUACCGGAAUAUUUUCUGACUGAGUAUGGAGUCGACUUGUCGACCUUGAACCCUUCGCCCUUCCCGGUCCAAGAAGGCCAAAAAGUUGCACGGUAUGGAGUAGGGCCACGUGGUGACUGGAUUACAUGGAAUGGCAAGAAUAUCAUCCCUAUACCAAAGAUGUAUAAACCUACGGCGUCGUGGGUGCAAGGCAACAUCGUGGCUAUCGGAACCCGGUUGGGCGAGAUGUUGUUGUUUCGGUUUUCCACAGAGGUAGAACCGCCAAACUAAGGUAGAUGCAAGCGAGGCUUCGGGUUUUUUGUGUAAGACCAUUCAGUCUUACAACAUGUAGGUCAAGUAGCUUAGGUUAGUAGGUACUGAGGCAGCAUAGGUAUGUAGUAUUG